CUGACUCUAGUCCGCAUCAUGGAGUACACUCUGAAGUUGUUACUGUGUUCCACCAGACUAGGUCCAAGUACACUCCUGACUCUAGUCCACAUCAUGGAGUACACACUGAAGUAGUUACUGUGUUCUACCAGACUAGGUCCAAGUACACUCCUGACUCUAGUCCGCAUCAUGGAGUACACUCUGAAGUUGUUACUGUGUUCCACCAGACUAGGUCCAAGUACACUCCUGACUCUAGUCCACAUCAUGGAGUACACUCUGAAGUUGUUACUGUGUUCCACCAGACUAGGUCCAAGGACACUCCUGACUCUAGUCCGCAUCAUGGAGUACACUCUGAAGUUGUUACUGUGUUCCACCAGACUAGGUCCAAGUACACUCCUGACUCUAGUCCACAUCAUGGAGUACACUCUGAAGUUGUUACUGUGUUCCACCAGACUAGGUCCUAGAACACUCCUGACUCUAGUCCGCAUCAUGGAGUACACUCUGAAGUUGUUACUGUGUUCCACCAGACUAGGUCCAAGUACACUCCUGACUAGUCCACAUCAUGGAGUACACUCUGAAGUUGUUACUGUGUUCCACCAGACUAGGUCCAAGGACACUUCUGACUCUAGUCCACAUCAUGGAGUACACUCUGAAGUUGUUACUGUGUUCCACCAGACUAGGUCCAAGGACACUCCUGACUCUAGUCCACAUCAUGGAGUACACUCUGAAGUUGUUACUGUGUUCCACCAGACUAGGUCCAAGGACACUCCUGACUCUAGUCCACAUCAUGGAGUACACUCUGAAGUUGUUACUGUGUUCCACCAGACUAGGUCCAAGGACACUUCUGACUCUAGUCCGCAUCAUGGAGUACACUCUGAAGUUGUUACUGUGUUCCACCAGACUAGGUCCAAGUACACUCCUGACUCUAGUCCACAUCAUGGAGUACACUCUGAAGUUGUUACUGUGUUCCACCAGACUAGGUCCAAGGACACUUCUGACUCUAGUCCGCAUCAUGGAGUACACUCUGAAGUUGUUACUGUGUUCCACCAGACUAGGUCCAAGUACACUCCUGACUCUAGUCCACAUCAUGGAGUACACUCUGAAGUUGUUACUGUGUUCUACCAGACUAGGUCCAAGGACACUCCUGACUCUAGUCCGCAUCAUGGAGUACACUCUGAAGUUGUUACUGUGUUCCACCAGACUAGGUCCAAGUACACUCCUGACUCUAGUCCACAUCAUGGAGUACACUCUGAAGUUGUUACUGUGUUCCACCAGACUAGGUCCAAGGACACUCCUGACUCUAGUCCACAUCAUGGAGUACACUCUGAAGUUUUUACUGUGUUCCACCAGACUAGGUCCAAGUACACUCCUGACUCUAGUCCACAUCAUGGAGUACACUCUGAAGUUGUUACUGUGUUCCACCAGACUAGGUCCUAGAACACUCCUGACUCUAGUCCACAUCAUGGAGUACACUCUGAAGUUGUUACUGUGUUCCACCAGACUAGGUCCAAGGACACUCCUGACUCUAGUCCACAUCAUGGAGUACACUCUGAAGUUGUUACUGUGUUCCACCAGACUAGGUCCUAGACACUACUGACUCUAGUCCGCAUCAUGGACCAAGACUGAUGUUUGUACUGAAAGAAGGACCUGGAGAAGACUAAGUCAGUAUUGUAGCCCCCACAAAACAAAGUACUUCCAUGCAGGAUCCAAACACAACACAAUGCUUGGUCUU